AUGCCUGCGGGAAUUCCGCCCAACCCUCGGUCGGCUUUCACCUCAAGUUCGAACUCGGCACGAAAGGACGAUGAAAACGAUUCCGAUGACAUUGAAGGGGACGAGCCGGAACAGUACAUCGCCAGUCUUGCGACGCGUUCUUCCGGCAACAAUGCCUCAGCUGGUGUCUACGAUGACGAAUUGCCAACGCCUGUCGGGACCCUUUGCCCGCUCUCUCUCGAACAGCUUAAAGAGCUCGCCGAUUCUGGGUACGAGUUUGUAAUCGAAUUGCAGAAGGGCCAGUACGACUUUAUCAGGAAAGCCUACGGCCGCGUCAAAGCAACGCCAGACGGGGACAUUCAGAAUGAUGACUGGAAUAUAGGGUUCGAGAGCUGCGUGACGUUAACUUGCUCAAUUGCCAAAUCAUUGCUUCUUGAAAUCAUGGGUGGGAACUUGGCACGCCCUCAUCCAUCAAGAGCACAAGGCGUCAAGCAAGCAUUGGAGGCCAAUCGGGAGCAUAGCACAUACGACGUCCCGGCUCAUCCUAGCAUAUUCGCUCGGUACUUAACUGACGAUACAGGGUUGUCCCCAACCCCGCGCGAACAAGUUCGCGCGGUUCAUUAUCUUCACAUUUACGCAGAUCAGUAUCCCGAGAGCUAUGCAUUGGCUUAUGACAUUGACAAUGUCAUGAGUACUGAGAAACGGACAUGGACGAAGGAAGAAUGCGAGAAAGGCAGCCGUCGAUACCUGAACGCUGACAACGCUUCUAUCAUUUCAGAAGCAAAAUAG